AUGGCUGCCGAAAACGCCCACCGAGGACCUCAGUGUUUGUCGGGGGAUCUGGAAGCUCGAGAUCGAGACGCUCCACCGGCUCCUCUUGAAAAAGAGAUCACCAUCGGCGACGGCAUUUCACGUCAAAGCAGCAGACCCAUUGCAGAAACCCUUUCUCUGCCGCACGAGAUCCUCUUCGUGGGAAUCAUAUGCACCGCACAGAUGACCACACAAGUCGGCUUGGGCCAAACACUCAUCAUCAUCCAUGACAUAGGACGGAGCUUCAACCUCACCAACCCAAGCGAAUUAACAUGGCUGAUUGCCGGAUACAGCCUGACGGUUGGGACGUUCAUUCUCGUCAGCGGAAGAUUGGGAGACAUGUUUGGGUACAAACGAAUGCUGAUUGUUGGGUAUAUCUGGUUCUCGAUCUGGUCAAUGAUCGCUGGGCUGGCGGUCUAUUCGAAUCAUGUACUAUUCAUUUUUGCUCGGGUCUUCCAAGGAAUCGGCCCUGCCAUCCUCCUCCCGAAUGGGGUGGCUCUCCUGGGUGCAAGUUAUGCGAAUGGGAGUCCAAGGAAGGACAUGGCUUUUGCGCUCUUUGGUGCCUGUGCUCCCGGUGGCUCGAUCAUCGGCUGUGCCAUUGCAGGGGUCUUCGCUCUGACGUGGUGGCCCUGGACAUUCUUCUCCUUCGCCAUUGCCCUUGCCAUCCUUGCAGUAGUCUCCUAUUUUGUCAUUCCGAGCCCGCCGCAAAGAACCGAGUUUGCCAAUUACUCCCUCCGGAACAAGCUCGAGCUCCUUGAUCUGCCUGGUGCCGCAGUGGGCAUCACGGCUUUGGUCCUGUUCAAUUUCGCAUGGAAUCAGGCACCAACGGUGGGUUGGCAGAAAGCAUACGUCUACGUGACGAUGCUCAUCGGAAUCCUGCUGGUGCCUUUGUUCUUCUACAUUGAGCUCCGGGUCGCCAAAGCCCCGCUUGUUCCUUUCGACGCACUGACGGUGGAUGUUGGAUUUGUGCUUUCUUGCAUUGUCUGUGGCUGGGCUUCAUUUGGGAUAUGGUUUUUCUACCUGGUCAAUUUCCUAGAGAUCUUGCGAGGCGCCUCACCUUUGCUUACCGUCGCAUAUAUGAGCCCCGUGGCCGUUUCCGGCGCUUGUGCCUCUGUCGUCACGGGGAUCCUCUUGUCCAAACUUCGGCCCGCCAUGGUCAUGACGAUCGCGCUCACCUGGUUCACGGUCGGGCACAUCCUGGUCGCCACCACGCCUGUCCACCAAACGUACUGGGCGGAGACUUUUGUCGGGCUGGUCGUCAUCCCCUGGGGGAUGGACAUGUCAUUCCCUGCAGCAACGAUCAUUCUCUCAAACGCGGUGCGGAAGGAACACCAAGGUAUCGCCGCCAGCCUCGUCACCACAAUCGUCAACUACAGCAUAUCGCUGGGACUGGGCUUCGCAGGGACUGUGGAAGUGCAUGUCAACCGCGGUGGACGCACGCCACACGACACUUUGCUGGGAUACCGCGGGGCAUGGUACCUUGGAAUUGGUUUCGCUGGGCUUGGAUUGUGUAUAAGCAUUGUGUUUCUGCUAAGAGACUACUUGAAGGUCAAAGGGAGGAAGAGCGGUUGA